AUGGACAAAGAGAUGAAGCUGGCGGCAGACGAGAGAAAAAAAGACGAAGAAAUUAUACACUUCAUGAAAAAGGUUGUGAAUGUUUUGUUCCUUUUCGAAUUAAAGGCUGAAGACGAGUGGAAACCAGAAGAUGAUGGCCUCGAGUCUUCUAACCCCGAUGACGUAAAACUAGACAAAGAAUAUUGA